AUGGCGAACCACUAUGAGGCGUUGGGUCUCGGUCAUCGCCAGUUCGACGGCAAUUUGACCACUCAGGAUAUCAAGCAGGCGUAUCGCAAAGCCCUGCUUGAACAUCACCCGGACAAGUUGCGAGCUGGAGGUGCAUCUCAAAGCGUGGAUUCGAUCACAAUUGCCUACAAAACUCUGUCAGAACCCGAAGCCAAAGUAGACUAUGAUCGCGAUUUGCGUCUGCAGCUCACGCGCAACAAGCGUGGCGAAAAGAUCUUUCACACUGGACUCGAUAUUGUAGACCUUGAUGACUUGGAUUAUGAUGAGAAGUCAGGCGAAUGGUGGAAAGGCUGCCGUUGCGGCCAGGAUCGGGGGUUUGUGGUCACAGAAGACGAACUGGAAAAUGAGUCGCGCUAUGGAGAACUCAUCACUGGCUGCAAAGGUUGCAGUCUCUGGCUCAAAGUGUUGUUCGGGAUUGAAGAUGAUGAAGAGCAAAACGUCCAACUCGCUGGCUGA